UAAAUAGUACCUAUAUACACUGAUUCAUACAUUAAAUAAAUUUUAAAUUCUAUAUAGGUUUAGGUGUCUAUUGUAAAACUAUAAAAUUUACUUAUAACUACACGAAUGAAAUAGUACAAUUAGUACAUUUGUGGUAGAAAAAAUAGGCUAGUACUAUGGAUAUGUUAGGAGAAACAGAGAAAAAGCGUCAAACUCCACCCAUGUUGAAAAAAAUUUUGCAGUAUGAUGUUCAAAUUACGAAGACAUUUGUUGACAGAGCACUAAAAAUAACUGCUCUAAAGUCUUUACGGAACCAUUCUCAAUUACUAGAGAUAUCAUGUCAUGGCAUAGUUUGGCUUGCAGGCUGGCUCACUUUCAUAUGGCUGUUUAAUAGUAAAGAUCUUUACCAGUUGCAAGUUAAUAUGUUGAUUGCACUAAUUUUAGACAUUGUUGUGGUAGCUGUAUUGAAAGCAUUUGUAAGAAGACGACGACCGGUACCAAUGAAUAAGCUCAUGGAAGUUGGUCCUGAUAAGUUCUCAUUCCCAUCCGGACAUGCAAGCAGGGCUGUGCUCAUCUCGUUCAUUUUAAUAUACUUUGAUUCGGUAUCAAUAAUUUUCUACCCCCCACUUAUGGCUUGGGUAGUUUCAGUGUCCAUUUCCAGGGUAUUGGCUGAACGUCACUAUCUACUGGACAGCAUAGGAGGUGUGGGUAUUGGAAUUCUUGAAGGUCUCUUCAUGUCCCUCAUAUGGUUGUCCCAAAGUACAUCUGCUAGUAUUCUGUCAUCAUUGUCUGAUGAAAAAUUAGAUGGUGGAGAAUACCAUGUAUAAACAUAAAGUUUUUUAUUAAACAUUUAGAAAGCCUAAAUGAUUCUAGUAUGCUUAAUAUAAAUUAAUAUUAUUUUAAAAUUGUUAAAUAUUGUUUUAGGAAUAUGAGUAGACUUGGGCCAUUACAAACUGCAACUGAGUCAUAAAUCAUUUUUAUCAGACCUCUCGUUCACACUUAUAGGCAUAUCCGAUCUCUCGCCCACACGUCUACACAUUCGUGUAUAAAACUUAAAUCAAUAUAAUUAAAAAAAAAAACGUUUAUUAUUUAAAUUUUUUCUGGGUCACUUUUUAAUUCGUUAAACCCUAUCAACACAUUAUGAAUAACCAAACGAGUUUGGGCGUUAAUAUCACCUUUUAAUUUUAACAAAGUUAAGUUUUAUCGAAUAAUGCUUCUAUGGUUCGCGUAGGAUUGUCUUGUCUAAUGAUAACUAACACAAUUUUUACAAAUACCUACAACCUACAUUUGACAUGUACCAGUCAUCAACGACUACCCAAACCCAAGCGGUAUCCCUCGAUAUCGAGUUGCGCGACAUUCCUUUUACGUAAUAUUUUAUGACUCAGUUCGCACAUUUGUAAUGGCCCAAGCAUAGAUACUGAUAUCGAAUUAUAAUCGUGCAACUAAAUUAAAUUAUCUCGUUGUCUUUUUAUACUGUAACUUUUGUUGAUGUUCACUUAAUGAAAAAAAUAAAAAUUAACACUUUA